CAUAAACGAGGAAGAUGAAAACCAGAAGCAGUGAACCCGCGACGCGACGUAGCACUCGAGCAGCAACAACACAUGCAAAACCAGCUCGCAAUAAGGCCUCAGGGGUAACAAAGGCACCUCCUCGGACCAAUUCCAAACGCACGCCCCCCACAAAAAGAAAUGGCCUUACGCUCGCCCAUGUCCUUGAAAAAUAUCACAAACAAUCCUCAACCGACCCAAAUGCUUCCCACUCCAAACUCCUCGGCCUCCCCCUCGAGCUCUUCACACAUAUCACCACAUUUCUCCCGCCAGAAGCCCUCAUCUGCCUUAGUCUCACCUGCAAGCUCGCCCUGCAGUACAUCGGCGCAGAAUGCUGGCGACAUCCAGAAAUCAGAAAACACCAGUACUACUGCCGCAGACACCUCAUGCAAUGCCUCAUCCGGGAUAAUCCUCCAGACUUGACGCUCUGCGUCUAUUGCAACACGCUGCACCCGCCGCUGAAGCCCCCGCGGACGCAUAAAGUCACCAAACUGACGAAAGUAUGUAUGAGCCAGUGGGCAGUCGUGGGUUACUUCCCUCAGGUGUGGGAUGAAGAGCAAGAAGGCGGGUACAGCCUGCUCCACGCGCACAUCCACGACGUCUUUGAGAAACGGGACACCGACCCAGCGGCUGCUGAGCUUCUCGCGGGGCACUACUCGACCUCGAAAAACCCAAACUUCAGCUAUGACCUCACGUCCUCGGCGAGCUGGAUCGACAAGCGCCUCGUCCUGCAGCACACGCACGUCUUCCGCUCCAAAUCCCGUGCCCCACUCAAACUUGCAGCCGUACUAGCGCUGCCAUUAAGACUGUGCGCGCACCAAUCGACGACAACAGCCGAGGCGGAGAGGGCGCGAUACGUCGGCAAGACAUCUGAUGGCAAAAACACCCCGUUCCUUACGCACGCCAUCGUGUCUGGGUUUCCACCGGAUCAACGCAGCAGUGCGCCCAAGCCCGCCAUGUUCCGCAAUGUUACGUCCCUGGAGCAGAAGCAGAUUGAUGCCGCAGAGGCGGGCGAAGACGUGGUGUGGAAGUGCCGCGGCUGCGUGACAAAGUACAAGGUCACGAUGGAGAAAGAUGGCGCACUGAAGAUAGUAAGCUGGCAUUGCUUUGGCGCAGAUCUGCUGCAUGCAAAUAGAUAUUGGGAGUGGCUAGUGCGCAGGGAGGUUGCGAAUCUGGGGGCAGGGAAGAGGAAUAGCGAGUACUGGUUUCCAGCGGGGCGGAGCAUGCCGGAUUUUAAGAUUGUGGAAGGGUGAGGGAGGGAGGGGUGUGUUGGAGCAAAGUAGGUGUUUA